AAUGCUCAUUGUACAUUUGUUUCAGGAUAUCCUGUCUCAGUCUCAGGAGUGAUCACGGUGCCAGUGUCCGCCAGUAUGUAUCAAACUAUGGUGGCCAAUAUACAGAGCGACGGUACGAUGCAAGUUGUAACGCCGAUGGUUCAGGUACCCAAGGUCGAGCCAGGCAGUGGGGAUACCACCAUUGAGGCUGUCGCUAUACAGGGUCAUCCUAUGACUAUGAUAAAUGCCGCCGGAGAACAUCAAGUUCUUCAAGUAAUAUCAUUAAAGGACGCCAACGUUCUGACGAAGGCCAUGCAGGCCGAUGUCAAGGACGAGGACAGUCAACAACAACAAACUGUAUCUAGCCCAGAAUAAACGCGUUAAGUGUAAUCUAGUUAAUCUAAAAAAAAAAAAUCACUCCGUACCACUUGUACCAAUACCUGUCGGUACAUUCCAGUGAUAUACGGAAGAGAUAGACCUGUGUGAAAGAAUUCGUAACGAUUGGUGUUGUGUUUUCUUUUUCUCUUUGAGUCACUGUACUGUGUAGUGUGUCUCGCCGAGUGCGUCGUCGUUCAAUGACGAUUAUUAUCUGAAGUUAAUGAUGGAUGAAUGCAGAAGCGAUUGGAUUAGAAUUAGUCAUAUAUUUGUACUCAAGAUUCAUCAUAGACGCUUGAGGAUUCACUUGCAAUCCAAUUUCUCGGAUGUAGUAUUAAUUUUCGAAGAGGUCAUGUCAGACGAACAGAUCUGUUUUCGAAGAUAAUUUAUGAUAAUUACCUAUUGCGCAUUGUUCAUUGGAAAAUGUAAAAUUACAUAUUUUCCAGUGUUGCGCGAGCUAAGCACAUAUUUUCUAGUCUUAGAGUCAGGUUGUUACAUAAGAAUACACCAAAGACAUUUACUUUUCAUUAAUUUGAUGUUUUCCAUGGAAAGUAUUUAUAUGAAAAUUAUUUCAUUCAUUAUUAAAGAUAAUAUAUCAUGAAGCUCGAAUUUCCAAAACACAGCAACAAAAAUAAUUCGGUUAAUUUUGUUAAUUUAUUCCAAAAUUUGAUAAAAAGACAUAAAGCCUUUUCCUGCGGGUGCCUAAAAGUAAAUAAUUUCGUUAUAUCACAAUCGUGAAAAAGAAUUAUUUGCAAAAGAUUAUUUAUUUUUAUGAGUAAAAAAUAGAGGUCAGACGAAUAGUCGAAUAAAUCGCGCAGUCGAUCUGUUCGAAUGUUCGACUUCAAAAUUCAGCUUGUUUGAAUUGUAUGAGCACCAAGUGAAAAA